CACGUUUCCCCAAUGACCAUUAUCAGCGCCCAGGAUAAGGACAAAAUCAAGCGCGUGACGCCCAAAGCGACAAACAAAAUCAUCGACGCGACGGUCGCGCGACUUUAUAUUGCGUAUCCCGGCGACGAGUGGCAGUUCACAGGUCUCUCUGGCGCCAUUGUGCUCAUGGACGAUCUCGUGGGGAACACGUUUUUCCUCAAAAUGGUAGACAUCAUCGGCAGCCGUGGGGUCAUGUGGGACCAGGAGCUUUACGUCAACUUCGCGUACAACCAGGACCGUGCGUUUUUCCACACGUUUGAACUCGAGGAGUGUUUCGCAGGGCUCUUGUUCGAAGACUCCAGCGACGCGGCGCACUUCUAUAAACGUGUCACGAACCGCGAAAAGUACGGGAGCAAAAAGACGGUUGGGAAUAAGAACGCAAUUGCAUUGAAAAAAAGCGUUGUUGCGGAGAAAGUCGUCGGACCGCGCGGCGAGUAUCAUGACACGAGCUCCGCGCAGCGUGUGCGGCGCGUGCGCGGUGUGCUCUACUACAACGACAAACCACCCGAGGAGUGGCGUGCGUUGUACGAGGAGCUUGCGGCUGCGGGCAUUUCUGAGGAUAUGAUUGCCGACAACCGUGAAUUUAUCAAAGAAUACAUCAACUCCAAGGGUGGCCCCUUGGUAGGGUUGGAGCCACCCAUUCCGCGGAAAUUCCAAGUCAAGCACGAGCGGAUCAGUCUGAAAGCCAGUCACGCCGCUAGUCAGGAUGAUAGUCUGGUGGCUAAGACGAAAAAGGCACCGCCUCCACCCCCACCUCCACCUGGUGCUUCCGCUUCCCCAGUUGCUGCCGCGUCCCCAGUUGCCUCCGCAUCCCCAACCGUUUCCGCGCCGUCCACGCCGGUGCUUCCAUCGUCAUCUCCAUCAGCUCCCGAAAGCGAGGAUGCUGCUACUCCUGAACAAGUUCAUGUCAAGCCGACGUUCCGUGCUCCCCCUCCGAUGAAUUUCCAAAAACCCCUUCCUCCCCAGCCGCAGGCGAAUGCGAAUACCUAUCCACCCGCUUCGAAUUUCCACCAGGCUCCGUCUGCACCUGUCAGAGCCGGUUUGCCGCCACCUCCACCGGCUAGAGGUGGGCCUCCACCUCCACCGCCACCGAUGCGUACCUCUACUGGUCCAAGUUUACCUCCUAGAGGUGUUCCGCUUCUGGGACCGCCCCAGUUUGCCAACCCGCCUGUCAGAGGAGGUCCUCCACCUCCACCGCCGAGAGCGAGAGGUCAGGCGCCCCCUCCACCGCCAUCUAGAAGUACUAGGCCUCUUCCAGGUGCCCCUCAGGUCCAACCUCAAGCCCAGCAGUUUCAGCAAAUACCUCCACAAUCCCAGAUUCCUCAGCAAGUUCAACAGGCGUAUGUUCCGCCACCACCGCCGCAAAGAACUGUUCCGGCAGCUGCUCCGAUCCAGCAUCCGCCACCUCAAAUUCCCCCAUCGAACGCUAAUCCACCGUUAAUGAGUACUGGGGCUCCUCCUCCGCCACCAUUAAUGAAUUCUGGGGCUCCUCCUCCUCCGCCGCCGCCAAUGAAUACUGGGGUCCCACCACCUCCUCCUAUGGGUGGGAUUCCACCGCCACCUCCUAUGGGUGGGAUUCCACCGCCACCUCCUAUGGGAGGCAUGCCGACUGCGGCUCAGACUCAGGCCGCUGCUCCGCCUUUACCUCAGGUGGAUGGUGACCGCAAUGCACUUCUCGCGUCAAUCAGAGGGUCCGGUUUGAGCGGCUUGCGGAAGAUCGACAAGUCUCAGCUUGACAAACCGAGUAUUUUACUCCAGGAGGCCAAGGGCGAAACGCCAACGAUCGCGGCAAGCGCUCCAUCCGGCGGACCGCCAAACUUGGCCGAUGCGCUUUCCCUUGCCUUGAACAAGCGCAAGGAGAAGUUGGGUCAUAGCGACGACGAAGACGAUGGUGAUGAUUGGUAAGAGUUUUGUAGAUGACAGGAGCGUUUGUGAGUCGUAGUUUCAACGGAAAUGAGUGUAUUACAAAAAGUCUAUUCUACACUACAUUUAUUAUUUAACGAAUUUACAUGCAUUUGACUGUGGUGGGUCUGGUCUAGAUUGUAGAUUAUGCUGAAUCUUGGUUCUGGUCGAAAUCUGCGAUGCAGCAGCCUUCGGAUCUCUGUUUUUUGGCCUGGAAACUCAGCCCAAGGCAGAUCCCCUACUCCCAAUCCAACAUGAUCUUUGACUUUUCCAAUUGAAGUAAAUGGUGGGGCAUUUUUGCAUUGCACCCGAAGUUAUAUUGGUUACCGGGCAACAUGA